AACCAAUCCACCAAAAAGUUACAAAGGCACUCAAACAACCCACCAAAGAAGAACAGAGCAGAGAAGAGAAUCUUCAAAGUUUUCUCUUCCUCUGACCUGAGGAGGAGGAAAAAGAAAAAAAAAACAUAGCUUCAUCUUCAGGCAAAGGAGACUUUUGAUCGAAGAUGGUUCAGAGAAAGCUGUUUCUUGAUGUCAAAUCUAAUGGUUUAAAGCCCGAAAACCGGUUUUCCAACCUCGCAACAUCUCAAGAACUGAAGAAGAAGAAGAAGAAGAUGAAGAGAACAAGACCCACGAGGCUCAAAGACACUGUCUCUCAACCUGGUAAACCGCCGACAGCUCUUGAUCACCGGACAACGACGACGACGACUCCGCCGCAGAAGCAGAGUGAUGCUAAAGUGACAGAUGGGUCACCGAAUUACAUGAAGGGCACGUCGAGUUCAGAGGCAAGGAGAGAGAGUGUUCCAAGAAACGUUCUCGGGAAGAAGAAACUCUCUGGUUCAGGAACUGAGAAACAGAGCAAGGGUUUGCGUAGGGAAUCGAGUUUGAAGAUGACAAAGACGCCGAGUUUCAAGAGAUGUUCGAGGAUCGGUCGUUGUUCUGAUGUGAAUAUGCAGAGAGCAACUUGUUCUUCGACUUUGAAGGACUCGAAGUUUCCAGAGUAUCUGAUGCUUAGUCCCGGCGCCACCGAGUCUGAAGGGACCUCUGCUUUCAAGGUCUGUCCUUACACGUAUUGUUCGCUUAACGGUCACCUUCACGUGCAGUAUCCUCCAUUGAAAAGCUUCAUUUCUUCGAGAAGACGAGCCUUGAAGUCACAAAAGGGUACGAAAAUGGAAGUUUCUAGUCCAGGCGAGGAGAAUCUGCCGAGUCCUGCGGGUGAAGAUAUCGUUUCUGUGGAGAUUCAAGAAAAGGGUAGUGAUGGUUUUGUGGAAAUCUAUGUUUCGAAGAAGAACGAGUCUGAGCAAGAAAACGGGUUUUGCAGUGAGGGUGAGGGCCAAGUUUCCGAGAGCUUAUCCGAUGGAGCUCCACGUUCUGAGAUCGAUUCUGAGGAGAGUUUUGGAUUCUAUCACGAAGUUUUCGCAACAAGGAAGGAUCCAAAUGACAGCUCUGAGGCUGGGGAAGGUGAAAAGGAGUAUCCUUCAAAGGAGAUGGAGUCUGAGAGCAUUUCAGAAAUCACCAACAUGGUCUGGGAGGGUGUUUAUUUCAAGAAGCCUGGUGUAGUUUCUGACAGUGCAGAGAUGGUGAAUGUAUUAGAAGAUGAUAUUAAAUCAAAUGAAUCUGAUAAAAGCGACGGUCUAGUGGCUCUAGCCGACGAUGGUGCAGAUGGGGAUGGCACUGAGAAUAUGUUCGAGGAAAAGGUAGCUAUCGAGCAAUCAGAGAAUGCAAAUGACGCAACCGAGAAGACAGCUGAAGUAGAUGAACAUCAAGACACUGAGGAUAUUUCCCGUAGCAUCUCGGGCGACGUUAUUUCCCCGAAAGAUCCAACUGUAGAAUCGAAAAUGGCUGGCGAGAUCAUUAUUCAGAUGGAAAUGGGCUUGGAAAUGGAAGACGAUGACCUAGAAUCGAAUGAUGAUAUGCCAAAUACUCCGGAUGACAGCCUGAGCUCGGAGACUAAAGGUCACGCAGAGUAUGGAAAAAAAGUUACCGAAGAGAAAGAAAAAGCUAAUGAUCUUGGUGAUGAACAGAACAUGUGCGGAUUUGGAACAACAGAAGAGAUCAGCGAAGGGGAAGAGAGAGCUGCAGAGGAAUCUUUUCCGCCGUAUGACAGCAAGAACGUUCAAGGAGAGGGACCAGAAAAGAUGUCGUUCGCCUGUGGAAGCAAAUCCUCUGACCAAGACCAGACAGUUGAUUUCAGAAAAUGGAUCAUCAAGUGCAAGAAAACUGUCAAAGACAUCGAGUCUUUGAGGGCAUUCAACCCAAGAGAACCGAAUUACCUUCCGAUCGCGCUGGACCCGGACGACGAAAAAGUCUACUUGAAGCAUCAGGACGUAGACGAGAGGAAGAACACCGAGGAAUGGAUGAUAGAUUACGCUCUGCAGCGCGCUGUGAGUAAACUUGGCCCGGCAAGGAAGAAGAGAGUGGCAUUACUCGUCCAAGCAUUUGAAACGGUCAUUCCUGUUCCGAAAUGUCAGACCAAUGUGAAGGAACCCUCAAAGGCUUUCGCUUGUGGACGGUCACUUCAGGCUUGCAAUUAACACAGUAAUGCAGGUCAUGGAUCAUCAACACAAGGCAACACAAGGGAAAAGAAUGGGUGAUAUAUAUAUAUAUAUAUAUAUAUGUAUACAAUAUGGUUUAAGCUCUUUAUGUAAUUGUUAUUAUGGUGUGUGAGGUUAACUUAUGUGACAACGAGGCAUUGUGACCUUCAAGACAACUGUUUGAUAUUGUUCCUUAUCAAAUAUUGUUGUUUGUUUGUGACCACAUCAUUUCUUUCUCA